AUGACUCAACCAAGUCAGCAAAUUCGAAUAAUUGCACAACCCAAGGCACUCUAUCGUGAGCGAUAUGGCAGCGAACAAUGUGAAACUGGAAAUCGAUUUCAACGUUAUAUUCGUGCUGAAGAUAAUCAGCUGAACCUCGAAUAUCCAACUAUCGAGAGUCUUGGGGGACAGUCUCAAAUAGUUUUUGGGCUAAAAACUGGUAUCAGGACAAUACAAAAAACUCCGGAACGGGCUAAACUGGAUUUGAGACAAAAUGUAACAAAAGGUUGUUCAGAUGCUCGGAAAUUCUUAAAACGUAUCCGAUAG